GAAGCUUUGACAACAUCACAGGUGAUGGUUCCUCGCUACAAAUCGCGGGCGUCAGCAGCACGACGGCGACUUUUCGAUUGACAUGUCGUUUAGAUAUAAAAGGUCGAAGACGACGACGAGGAUGAACAAAAAAACAUUAGCCUUAGGAAGAACAAUUCAAAACGCAAAAACCCGUUUAACGUAGAUCUAUCUCGUCUACUCGAGCUUUAUAAAGGCAAAACAGCAAGACUUGCCAGAAACAAUGUCAACCUACAGCCGAGAAACCGAGGGCCUCGCUCUCGUGCACAAGUUUGCCGACCAGGUAAAAGGAAGGACAUGUAAGGCCCACCUCCCAACUUCCCCUAACAUUCUCCCCAGACUACCAAUACUUAUCUACCUAGUCCUCCUAACCGGCCCCAGCCCGGGCGGUAUCGGAGCCGAGACCCUGAUCUCGCUCGCCGCAGAGUCACCCGCGCAGCUCAUCCUCGUCGGGCGCUCGCGGGAGAAAGCGCAAGCCACGAUCGACGCCAUCAAAGUAGUCAACGCCUCCGUCGCGACCAAAUUCAUCGAAGCGGACCUGACCUCGCUCGCGAGCGUGCGCAAAGCGGCGCAGUCCAUCCUCGCGGACCCGGAGAUCCCCAGAAUCGACGUCGUCAUCAACAACGCGGCCGUGAUGGCCACGCCGUUCGAGCUGACGCCCGACGGCAUCGAGCUGCAGCUGGCGGCCAGCCACCUGGGCCACUUCUUGCUAACAAACAUGAUCCUACCGAAGGUGCUCGCCGCGGCCGCCGCGGGGCCCGGCGGCGCGCGCCUCGUCCUGCUGACCAGCUCCGGGCACCGGUACUCCGGGGUGCGGUUCUCUGACCCGAAUUUCGCAGAGCCGGGCUCGUACACGCCGUACGACGCGUACGGGCAGGCGAAGAGCGCCGUGAUCCUGUAUGCGGUGGCGCUGAACCGGCGGCUAGCCUUGCGCGGCGCGCGGGGCGUGCGCGCCUACGCUGUGCACCCGGGCAGCGUGCAGACGAACCUGCAGAGCCACGUGAUGAAGCUGGCGCCGGAGGAGUUGGCGACGAUGAUGGACGAGGUCUCGAUGCGCGUGAUGGGGAUGCCGCUCGCCGAGACGAGGAGGCAGAGCCCGUGGCUGACGCUGCAGCAGGGGUGCGCGACUACGCUGCGCGCGGCGCUAGAUCCGGAUCUCGUGAAGCAGGAGGGCGUGUACUUGCAAGAUUGCGAGUUGACUACCGAUACGAAGUUGGUCAAGGAGUGGGCGACGGAUCCGGAGCUCGCGGAGAAGCUGUGGACGUUGAGCGAGGAGUUGGUUGGGGAGAAGUUUGAUAUAUAGGAGUUAUAAUUCCAUAGAUAACGAUUACAUACUUGUAGAAUCCAGUCCUUAAGAUAAUUACAUAGAUGAAAUAAGUGUAACAGUAUUCAUAUAGACACCCCUUUCUUAUUAAUUGCGAGUUCGAAGCAGUGAUUCCUUCCCAAUAAUGACGGGAUAUCGGAGGUCGUACCUGACAAGCCACAUCGUGUAAAUAAGUAAUCGACACCCCAUCAUUCGCACUGUAUUUCAUAUGCCCCACCACCAAAAAGAGCCCCUGG